AAUCAAAAAUUCAGUAGGAGCUAGCUGAGGCAAGGCCGAUACGAGGCUAGGCCGAGGUUACCUUAUUUUCCAGCAGUUCCAGCGUAGAGCUAGCAGUUAGAGGCAUGUCGGCCGAGAACUCAACUUUAAAAUCAGCCGGGAAAAACAAGGUUUCUGGCCUAGCAACGGCGUAUCUUGUCUUGUACAAUGUAGUCCUCUGUGCAGGAUGGCUGUCUGUAGGUGCAAUGGGGGUACGUUACUAUCUCCAAGAAGGUACCAACGUGGGUCUCUAUGAUGCCAUUGAACUACCCCUCAAGGCCUUUCAGACAGCUGCCAUUCUUGAGGUUGUCCAUUGCUUAAUCGGAAUUGUGCCAUCCUCGGCAGUUCUAACUGCAUUUCAGGUGACGUCCCGUCUGGUCAUUCUGUGGCCUGUCACCCAUAGUGUAAUAGAGGUUCAGAAUGAGAAGAGUAUUAUUCUGUAUGUAAUGGCUUGGACCAUUACUGAAGUGAUACGCUAUGCAUUCUAUGUCUUUGCCCUGCUCAACCGUCUACCAUACGUGUUAAUGUGGCUACGAUACACCCUCUUCAUUGUCCUUUACCCCAUUGGUGUAACAGGUGAGCUGUGGACUAUCUACCUUGCAUUACCAUACGUGAAGAGCACAGGACUCUACUCUCUAGAGCUACCAAACGACUACAACAUUUCCUUUGAUUACUACAGCGUCCUUAUCUUCCUCAUGAUUCUCUAUAUUCCAAUAUUCCCAAGGCUGUAUUCACACAUGCUGAGGCAGAGGAAGAAAAUGCUUGGCGGCGUCCCGGGAACCAAGAGAGAUUAACCCCACCUUCACACUCUAGUAGUUUUCUACAUUUGUAAAUUCCGUUGAUUUUCUGAUGCAGUUUGAGCUAGAAUUCUAUGAAUAAACCAUUGAUGUCAAUAGAUGGAUAGAGCUACAAUGCAAAUAUACCCUGCCGUUUUGGGUAAUGGAGACAAUCGUGAAAUGAAAAUAUGGAAAUUGUUUAUCUCAUUUAUAUCAUUAGUCAGUAUUAUUUGAAGUAAGGAUUUAUCUACAGUAGAGUACCACAUGAAAUUAUUUCUCAAAUACAAAGGUUUAUAAAUUUUGGGCAACACACAUCGAAUGUGCUCAACUUGCCAUGCCUUUAUUGACCGUGGAUUGAAAAAGUAGAGAGAGUUAGAAUGAGAGAGGGGAUAUAUUAGAAUCGUUUUCACUAUAUAAUGAAUACAGAAAAGUUUUUUUUUAAUUAGAUCGGCUGGAAGUUUUCAUAAAAUUGCUGUAUUCGACUUUUACAGAUUACUUAAUUCCCAAAUUUGCUCAUUAUUACGGAAUUGCCAGUUACUCAAUAUUUAGAAGGAAAUCUGAUAGAUUUGAGAUUUUUUUGUUUCAGGCAACAUAACAUUGAUGUUAUGUGGCCCUUUUGCUGUGUACACUAUGCAAAUUCAUGGCUUUGAAAUGGGGUUACUUUUCACAACUUUCUGCCUAAAUCUGCAAUAAUGGAUAGUUUAAUGUUGUAAUGAAUGAAGUUUCCAGGGCUCGUGAGCAUUUCGGGGGCUAGAUCGCCCCGAGCCCCCGUGUUAUUUUUUUCCCUGCAUCACUGUUCUGGGAGGAGGAGAACUCAACCAAGGAUAACGGGGUUUGUCAGGGUGGGGGUCAUCAAGUAAAGUUGUCUACCAUUGAGAGUUGCCCUUGGCCAUCUCAAACAAUAAUUGCUUGAUGGACUCCUUGCAGUCAUGUCAUAGACUACCAGAUGAGUAUUCAGAAAUUAAAGAACCAUUUUACAAUUAAUAUUUUACUAUGUUAGGCACAUGAUAUUGGAGACUGCACACACAACACACACACAAUCUUUUUUAAAAUUAAUUUUCCUUGUCAAUGUAUUCAAUGGAAUGGCAGGUAUAACUCUGACAAAUAAUUUUUGUCUGUGUGGUAACAAGAUCUUGCAACUCAAUUAUGGAAAAUCACUCUUUUUUGUUCAUGAAUGGUAAAUCUAUCAAUACACCACUGUUGUCAUGAAGAGGGUUCAAGAAGCACAACUGGCCAAAAUCAUGAAGAAAUCCAGAAGUUAAUUUUUUUAUAUAUUGAACUACACUGUUAAAAGUAUUCAACUUUAAUACAACUGAUGCCAAAAUCAUGAAGAAAUCCAGAAGUUAAUUUUUUCAUAUAUUGAACUACACUGUUAAAAGCUCUUGGUUCUCACAAAAUUUUAUAGAGUUUAAGCCUCACUUAAUUCUUCAACUGUAAUACAACUGAUGUAAAUUCCUUAGCAAAGCAGGAUAAGUAGUAAAUAAUUGAUCUUUGAAUACUUGUCCAUGAAGGCAUCAUGUUUUGUGUUCAAAGAUGUCUUUAUUGGAAGUAGCGUUAUAUGUUUAAGUACUUUAUUUGAGGGUUGUGCCCAGGUGUAUGGGCAUAUAAAGUGCAUCCCACAAAAAUCAAAAUCGAGAUUUAGAGAUGAAUUAUCAUAACUUAAUCGCAAAUAAAAUAAGACAAAUGACCUAUCAUUGUAAAGCUUAGAGUCUUCUCUUUCACCUGGUGUAACAUAUAGUAUUUCUUCAUGCAUGAGUGAGAAAAAACAAUUUGAAAAAAGGAUACCAAAAAGUCAUUUGGUGGGGGGAAUCUGAAUUUCAAGUAGAAAAUUGCAUGCCUAAAAAGUCCAAUGUCUGCUCUUUAAUUUGGUUCAUCACUCACAGAAAAUGGUUUAGAAAUAACAAAAUGGUGUUCCUUCGAAACAAUGCUUGUAUUUCCAUAAAUGUGUUUCCAUCGGUUUCCAACCAAAGCUAUCACACAGUUAACAAAUAUGCAUGACUGAUCGUCAGCAAAACAGAGUUUCAAAUAAGUUUUUUUUUUUUUUUUAGUUGAGUUUCGAAUAAGUUUGUAAAACCUCUUAAUUUCAUGAAAUUAUUGAAAUUCAGGUCCUUAUUUCAAAUAAGUAGAACUUUGUUAUUUCUUGAUCAUUUUCUGUAAUUGAGGUAGCAAAUUAAAGAGCAGAUAGCAGAUAUUGAAGUUUUAGAAAUUUGUUAUUUUUUAUUUAAACCCAGAUACCACCCGCCGAGUGACUUUUAGGUAUCCUUUCUUCAAAUUGUUUUUGAUCACUCAUGCAUGCAUGAGGAAUAAUCUGAAGUUAUUUCAGAUGAAAGAGGAGAAUCUAAGCUUUAUAAUGACAGGUCAUUUGUCUAUUGUAGUGUGAUUAAGUUAUGAAAAAUAAUCGAUCAAUUUCAGAUUCAUGUUUUUUUAUGGGACACACUGUAUAUUUUGACUUGAAUGCAUCGUGACUGUGUCUCAUUGAAAAAAAAUAUGUACAUCACCAAUGUUGAUGUUCUUCGUCUUAUAAUGCACAAAAUUCAAUCAAUUUGGUGUAAAGAAAGAGUGAAGUGGAGGGAGGAUGAGGGUGAAUCUGGUCAACUCCGUAGUCAGGAACUAAACCUGGGCCCCGUCUUACAAAGAUUUGCGAUUGAUCCGAUCAAACGCAACUAUGGAAGGCCAGUAACCUCAAGAUCUAUUAUGUUUGUUCAAAAUACUUUCUAUGAUGCAUAUUCAUGCACUGUUUUCUUGAAAAUUUACUGUGCUUCUCUUUGUUUACAAAGGACAUUGUGCAAAUAUCCUGUAGAGAAAAUUAUGACACUGAUGGAUUUCCAUAGAGUUACGAUACAUUGGAUCGAUUGUAACUCUUUGUAAGACAGGGCAUAGAUUUACAACCUGGAUGACUGACUAAUAAUGGAACGCCUAGAUUUUACUCUGUUGUAUGUUAUUCAUGCAGGAACGGAAAAUUGGCAACUUGAUAUACCCAAAGUUCAGACUUGUUGGGAUUAUGCCCGUUCAGUUGCCGGUUUUACUUUGUGAGAUUUUAUAGUGGAUAUCAAAACAUUGUUAUUCAAGACGAUUCUGCAUGAUGUACUUUGAAUGAAUGAAAUAUAAAAACUCACAUUGUCAUCGUAAUCAUUGUUGCUUUUAACUAAAACCAACUUUGAGUAAUGACUUUGAUAUUUGAAUGAAAAGUCAUUUUAUAGAUAAAGAGGAAAGUUGCUUGCCAGGAGUUAAUUUUAUUAUGACUUAUAUUAUCAUGUUUGCAGUUGUACUACAAAUAUAUUAUCCUUGAUUUUUCUUAUGCAGUUGGCAGUUCUAGGGGUAGUUACGAGUGACGGGGGGGGGGGGGGGGGGUCAAAGGAGUUUAUUGAAAAGUCCAAAUACAUGCUACACUUAUCAAUAAGAAACUGGUUUCUAUAUAAUAAAUGGAUAAAAAUAGUUUAAUUGCUUGGCAGGAAUUUUCAACUCUCGUACGUCACAGGGUCUAUAUUUUAUUACAUCAUCUAUAGCAGGGUUAUCAGUGAGUUUGCAGUAUGCCAUGUAUGGCGUAUUGGGCCUUUGAUGCGGCGCAUGUAAGCUUCUAUGAAGAAACAUGAAUAAAGAUGUUUCAUUUUUUUUCCCCAAAAAAUUAUGUAGAAUGUUUAGGAUCAAGUCAUUGUUGUUUACACAAAUAAUCACAAAAUAAUAGCAAUUAUAGGGCCAAAAGGUCUCGUAUUGAAAACCUUUGAUGGGUUCUGACCCCUCGAUGCCACCAACUACCAAGGGCCCUUAAGAUGAGUCCCUAGAUCAUGUAUAGGUGAGGUUAUACUGACCUCACUCAUGCAUGUUGGAUACACAAUUCUAAUGACACGUAUGGUACUUCUACAUAAGUAAUUGAGAACCCCUUAUGUAAUAGCACAAUGAUUCCUCUUUGCUUUGGACUAUAAACUAUUCAUAUAUCUUGAUCUGUGCAACAUUAUGUAAAAUAGUGUUUAAAAUGAUGUUAAUGUGAUUUGUAAUAUGAGUAAUAAACUCAUUUGAAAAUGUUCAUCACAUUAAGUACUGUGAAACACAGUGUGGGAUAAUGUCAUCUGUUGUGCAUUGUCUGUGCUUUUGUUCUGGGGGGACGAACAAGUAUGUUUGCUCUUAAAAAAAAUUAUCUAAGGAUCCAGCUCUAACAAACAUUACAUUACAUUACAUUGUUUUCACCUGUACAUUUUAAUCUUUCAGUAUGGUAUGGAUAAUUUGAUUUGGUUUGAUUCUGGAGUGAUAGGUUAUAUCUCAGAGAAAAUCGUGUCAUUUACUUAUUGGAAUAUUGAAGUGAGUAUAGUCAGUCAUAUACAUGAAUAUUUUAUAUUCAAUUAUGGUUUUUGAAGCAAAAAGUUGUCUAAUCUAAUGCGUGUAUGUUCAAGCCUUGUUGAUGUGUAAUUCUAAUCGAACAUGAAAUCUAAAAAAGUUUGCAUCAUCUAGAUAUAGCCAUGUUGUACCUCAAAUAGGUUUUUUCCAUAUCUUAAAUAAAUAAGUGGCACAGACUUUCAUUCAGGUUUUGCUUGAAGAGUGACUGUAGAAAUACCAUCAAUUGACUCUUUGAUUGCUUGUGAGGGCAAAUUUUCAAAUAUUUAGAUAAUACAAGCCGAUAUGCACAUCAUAAACCAGAACUUGGUAUCUUUGUGCAAACAUUGUUGUCCUCUUUAACAUUAAUGUAACUAGGUAAUAUAGGUUGUCAUUCAGCUCCAUGUGAUUGGUAUAAUUCAUUACCUAUAAUUCACUUGUAUAGGAUUUCAUUUAAAGAAUGAUCGAAAGGAACAAAUAUAAGUUUGAACUCAUAUAUGGCUACCUGUGACAAGCGUUAAUUUACAUUAUGGAACAUACAUUGUGGAGAGUAAUGAAAAAUAUGAUUAUUAUUCAACCUUUAAUUCUAAGUGGACACCUAUUCAGCAUUUCAUAUAAGGAAUUGUGCUUCGUGUACAAUGCUGAAUACAGUAAGCCCUCCCAGGGUAAAUCCAUUCUAUGUGGAGUUUUACUCUAAAUUAUAAAUGGAGAUAUGAAAUACUCUGUAUUUUCUAUGAAAUUUAAAACAAAAUGUAAUUAUUUCACCAACAUCAAUCAUGGAUUGAAAUGAAAGUGUGGUUGCAAAAUAAAAAGUACUUGUUUUUAAUUGAA